AUGUCGGCAGCAAAAAUACCAAUUCGCCAGAACAAGACUCUCUUCAACUCAAAGUUCGAGGGCUAUAAACUCGCAUUCCUUGAAGAGUCACGCCAACACUUUGUCGCCGUCGGAGCUCCCGGUCCAGGCGUCGUUGUUCCCAAGUUGCCCGCGACUGCAAAACUCUCGUACCGCCAAGUCCAGAACAGGAUCCGCCACAACCAUCUUCACCCAGGAUGGAACUCGUUCAAGCCAGCCAACGGCGAUAUCACCAGCAUCAAGGAACCUGUCCUGUUUGUUGUUGACGAAGAUUACAUGUUGAUCGCACUCCAGUUUGACAAGACAACACAUCUUCUUCGCAGCAAGCGAUUAGUCCAAAUACCUGCUCCUAUCGUACCAGAUAACGUCCACCUCGAGUUCCCGACUGUCAAGCCAAUUUCACCCGACUAUAUCCUCGUCUCGGAUGGCGCAUUCAACUUGUAUGUGGUCCGGAUCCAAAUUGCAGGAGCAGAGUGCGAGGCAGUGAUCGAGGCAUUAACGACAUUUCAACCAGACGAGUCCUUGCAGAGCGAGCUUAUGACGCCUUGUGGUCUCUUGGAAGCAAAGGCGUUCCCAGCCUCCAGCGACGAGCAGGAGUUAGGAAUGGAGAUCAAGUUCAUCGUCCACUACCCUUACAAGGAAGGAUUCUAUUCGGCAGAGCCAUCGCCGCACCGCAAGUCCGAUACAAAAACAGUCUUUGUCGUCAGCCUGUGCACCAUACAUUUGAGGGGUGCCUCGUCCGUAUCAGGAAGAUCAGGCGACACAACCAUGGAGGUCGACCCGCCAAGCGAACCCAAGCUUCUCUUCAACACCAUUGUUCACUCUAUCCGAGGCACAGAGAUCCCAUUCUACUGUUCUCUCGACCCAUCGGGCGACGGCUACGUUAUCGGCAGCAAUUCGACCUACAAACCAACAAAGGAACCAGUGGUCGAUCAAACAACUCGGUAUCUGGAGCCAGGGUCGGAGGCUAUGGAGCUGGACAAGACAGACAUCGGUGCAGCACCUCCGUCAGAACCGCCUUACAUCUGGACCCAGACCGACACGGAUCUCACCAUCUGCUUCGGACUACCAAGAGGCACGACCAAGCAUGCGAUCCAGUGCAAGUUUUUGCGGCAGGGAUUGGAGCUUCAGGUGAACCUCUCACAAUCAACGGAGAGCAUGGUCAGGGCGCCGAGACUGGAGAACAUGCCACUGUUUGACCAGAUUCAGCCGGACGAGUGCGUUUGGACCUUGGAGGCGUCGACAGGCAUUUUGACAUUGAGCCUGGAGAAGAAGCACUCCAAGACGCGCUGGACCCAGGUGUUUGCUGAGGGAGUUGACACGGAUCCAGUGGAGGAGACCUUGGACCCUUCCGUGUUUGCAGAGUACAGGAGCGCGUUGGAAAAGUACACGUCCGAACAACCCAAUGCAGCGCCUGGCAGAGAUCCGUCUGCUCUGCCCUCAGUCGCGCAGGAUGGACAGGAGGAUAUUGACGAGGAGGGCGAGGAGAUCAAGUUUUCGUGGGUCCAGGCCGAGGAUGGGAGCGACAUUAUCCGGGCGACAACUAUUGGAACAGGACACGACUGGAUUGGCCAGGCGUUCCCGAGUUUUGAGAGUCACCCGAGCGAGAGUCAGCCAUUCAGGAUGCCGACUGUGUGUUUGAAGCACGACGUGGAUGGUCUGGUGUAUUCUAUCCAACACAAGCCAGGAGCGACCUCACAACCCAUGUCGACGGUGCAGCAGGGCGAGGAUAUCAUGAAAUUUGUACACACAGACACAUUUGAUGCAUUGGCGUUUGUGCAGGCUUCGAAGCGGGAGAAGCGGUUUGUGAUGCAUAAUCCCAACGGUCGGUUUACAGCGAUUGUCGAGUCGAGUAGGAAUGUAUAUAUAUACUGGCAUACACCAGGGGACAAGUUGAAGCAGGAGCGCCAGACGGUCGUGGAUGUGUCCAAAGGGAAGCAGGUCGACAUAAUCGGAUGCCAGCUUAUCGGAGAUGGUAUCCUUGUUAUCCUGAUGGAGGGCAAGCACGGCGCCCUUGUCCUCGAGCUGGACUGA